UUCUCUCCCCGGCUGCACGUCGCUCCGAGCGGCUUAUUAACGCCCGGAGUUCACCCUAAAAGCCGGGUCGCUUCCUCAGCGGGAGGGUGGAGCUCUCCGCACCCGGGACCAGGUGGCUGACUGCCGGCCACGGACCUGCCGGACAUGUCCUGAGCAGCUCGGCUGAAGCGCGGAGCCUCCGUGGGGGACGCUGCUCGGAUGUAGCAUGUUAGCUAGCAGCUAGCACCGUGUACACACAGCGUUUUGUUCCGGACCGGACGGACCCUGCAUGACAAGCCGAUGCUAACCCCGGAGGAGGCGCAGGAACCGCGGGUGUUUGCUUGAAGGACGAGUCGAGGAUCCCUCCCGGUUGUCAACCCUCCAGCCCCGGGGUCGACCGAUCUUAAUGGCCGGAAAUCCGAGGAGGGGCGCCGGACUCAUCGGCCUGAUGAAGGACGCCUUCCAGCCGCACCAGCAGCCGCUGCAGCCGCACCAACCUGCCGUGGUGGACAAGAAGAUGGUGGAGAAGUGCUGGAAGCUCAUGGACAAGGUGGUACGUCUGUGCCAGAACCCCAAGGUGGCGCUGAAGAACAGCCCCCCCUACAUCCUGGACCUGCUCCCGGACACGUACCAGCACCUCCGCACCAUUCUGUCCCGGUACGAGGGCAAGAUCGAGAUCCUCGGGGAAAACGAGUAUUUCCGCGUGGUCAUGGAGAACCUGACCAACAAGACGAAGCAGACGAUGAGUCUCUUCAAGGAAGCAAAGGAGAGGAUGUUCGAGGAGAACUCUCAGCCCAGGCGGAACCUCACCAAGCUGUCUCUGAUCUUCAGUCACAUGCUGGCCGAGCUGAAAGCCAUCUUCCCCAACGGCCUGUUUCAGGGCGACAACUUCCGGAUCACCAAAGCUGACGCGGCUGAAUUUUGGAGAAGGUCGUUCGGGGACAAGACCAUCGUGCCCUGGAGGACAUUCCGUCAGGCUCUUCACGAGUUCCACCCGAUCAGCUCGGGCCUGGAGGCCAUGGCCCUGAAGUCCACCAUCGACCUCACCUGCAACGACUACAUCUCCGUCUUUGAGUUUGACAUCUUCACCAGGCUCUUCCAGCCAUGGUCGUCUCUUCUAAGGAACUGGAACAGUCUGGCCGUCACUCACCCUGGUUACAUGGCCUUCCUGACCUAUGAUGAGGUCAAGGCCCGACUGCACCGGUUCAUCCACAAACCUGGCAGUUACAUCUUCAGGCUGAGCUGCACCCGGCUCGGCCAGUGGGCGAUCGGCUACGUGACGGCUGAUGGGAACAUCCUGCAGACCAUCCCCCAUAACAAACCCCUUUUCCAAGCCCUCAUUGAUGGAUACAGAGAAGGAUUCUAUCUGUUCCCUGAUGGCCGUGCACAGAACCCAGACCUCACCGGGCUGUGUGAACCGUCUCCACAGGACCACAUCAAAGUUACUCAGGAGCAGUACGAGCUGUACUGUGAGAUGGGCUCCACCUUCCAGCUCUGUAAGAUUUGUGCAGAGAACGACAAGGACGUGAAGAUCGAGCCCUGCAGGCACCUGAUGUGCACGUCCUGUCUGACCGCCUGGCAGGAGUCGGAGGGUCAAGGCUGCCCGUUUUGUCGCUGUGAGAUCAAAGGCACGGAGCCCAUCGUCGUGGACCCCUUCCACCCGAAACUGGGCGGGGCUUCGUUCGCUGGCUUCCAGGUGUCCAGCAGAGCAGAGGCUGCUGGGAACGACGAUGAAGACGACGAUCGCCUGGAGGACCAGCACCUGGUCAUGAGCAGGCUGGCCUGCGCCAAGGUGGAACGUCCACCAUCUCCAGUGUCCCAGCUGCCCCCGGUGCCCCCCCGACUGGACCUCUUGCAGCAGAGACCCUGCACCUCCCACAGUGCACUGGCCCAGGGAGCCACAGCCAAGAUGGGAGCGACUCACAGAGACAAGCCUCUACCUCUGCCUCCAUCCCUGAGAGAGUUGCCCCCUCCUCCCCCCCCGGAGCGCCCCUCCAUGGUCGGCCAGGACUCCAGACUCCAGAGGAGACCCCUGCCCUCCACCCCCGACCAGCCGGCCUGGGCCUCCAACUACAUGGUCCCGCGUCCCGCCACCAAGGCCCCCCCGCUGGCCCUGUCCUCCACGCCUCAGGGCGGCGAGCUCAGCGGAGAGGGAAGCAAACUUCAGUCGGCCACCAACGCCGUCUACUGUCUGGCUGCCAGGUCUCUGCCGGCUUCAUCCGUGUUGAGCUGCGAGUUGUCGUCCUCUGACUGCGAGGAGAACGAGUACAUGAGUCCCACCUCCCUCCCGGUCGCUGGUGCACCCUGGGUAAUCACAGGCUCUCUGGUGCCCCCCCCGCCGACACAGGCAAACCAACACAACGACAUCAGUGAGGCGGCUGACAGCGACUCUGAUGACCCUCAGGUCUACGAGUCCAUGUUUAACAUCCAGGCUCAGGCUGGGUCCUGUGACACAGCACAGACGUCUGAUCUGGACCAACCUCCACCUCCAGCAGCCGUCCCUCAGGACCUGAAGGACGACUCGAGUGAGGAGGACAUUUACGAGUACGACUGCCCCCGACCGGUCGUCCCUCCUGCGCCGACCAGGAGAACCGUGUCCGAUAUGAGCGGCUCCUCCUCCUCCUCCUCCUCAGCUGCCUUCAGCAGCCUCAGCAUGGACGGGCCUGUGGAAGCAAGUAUGUUUGCCGCAGCCGUGGAACCUGAACGCCCCCCCAAGCCCCUCCCCCGGCGAGCCAACUCUGACCGGCGGCCUCGGCCGAUCAACCGUGAAUACCCUGCUCCUUUACCAGACCUCCCUGCUCCCUCCUCUGACUCCCCUCCUCCUCCUGCUGAUCCUCCUGCUCCUCCUCCUCCUCCUGCUCCUGCUCCUCUUCCUCCUGCUCCUCUUCCUCCCGCUCCUCUUCCUCAAGCUUCUCCUGCGGCGGCGGGGGCGGGCCCUGGCAGCGUGGCGCUGAACGGAGAGAUCGAGUGCCUGGUGUCUCAGGGCUACUCCAUCCAGGACAUCCAGAAAGCUCUGAUGAUCGCCCAGAACAACCUGGAGACGGCCAAGAACAUCCUGCGCGAGUUUGUCACCAUCCCCUCGGCGACGCACAUCGCCACAUAGUCGCCGCGGUGACGCUCGUCCUCUCCUCGUGCCCUCUGUCUUCACUCUGUGCCAUGACCGUGGAUAGCAUUUAACAAGCACUUUUUCUGCAGGGCCACUAGUUACUUGCCAAAAGGCUUUUCUGUGAGGAGCGAUGCUGCGUUCACGUCAUAGCAGAAGAUGAACCAGGGAACGGAGACGUCUUCUGAAUCUCUUUAAUCGAUAAAAAGUCCCAUUUAACAAACUUCAGCAGGUUAUGCUUCUCUGAGAGGAAUUCUGGGGUGAAAUUAUAGGAUUUCGAUUACGCUUGUAGACAGUUUCUUUGUCUUGUUUCCUCAUAUUUGCCAUUUUUGAGAUUGACGUUUCCUUGUCCGGCGAUGGCAACAGUAUCUUUCUCCCGGUUCUUGUUAUGACCUGAAUGCAGCAAACGCAGAGAAUCAAAGCCUUUGACCGUGUGCUCUCCGUAGCAGAGCUU